CAUCAAACAGUCAGCACUUCAAUUUCAAUUUUUAUAUCAUUAAAAAUGGCAAUAUUUACUUACGAUAAUGUGGCAUUAAGAGUUUACAUUACUUGGGGAGGUCUUCUUCUAAUAAAAAUGCUGAUCAUGUCAUUUCUGACAAUUAUUAAUCGAAUACGAAAAGGUGCAGUUGAAAAUCCAGAAGAUGCAACAGGAUCUAAUUUUGAAAUUAAGAAAGACGAAGAUGUCGAACGUAUUAGAAGAGCUCAUUUGAAUGACCUUGAGAACAUUCCAGCAUUCUUAUUAGCAGCAUUAAUGUACAUCAUAACGGAUCCCAAUCCAAUCGUUGCUUCAUGGCUUAUAAGAGUUGCUGUCGUCGCUAGAAUAUUCUAUACUGUUGUUUAUGCUAUAUAUCCAAUUCGUCAACCAGCACGUGCAAUUUGCUUCUUCACAAUGCUUGGAAUAACCUUUUACAUGAUAAUUUGGUCAAUGACUGUAUUUUUCCAUUACUAAUCAAUCAUACAAUUUAAAAGAAAAUCGCCAAAACCUGUCCAUAGAUUAAAGUUUUUCAUUACUGUAAUCAAAACUUUCGAAAGUU